AUGUACAGACCAGUGACAGUUUCUCGGACAUCUUUUCCACUGUGGAUGAUUUUCCUCAUUGUGUUUGGAGUGGUGGCAAUCCUAGGAACCACUAUUGGUCUCCUAGUUCAUUUUCUGGCAGUAGAAAACAAGACCUACUAUUACCAAGGUAGCUUUAAAGUGCUGAAUAUCCCAUAUAAUAGAAAUUAUGAAAAGGAGACAUCACAAGAAAAUAACUAUCUUAGCAAAAUUCUUGAGACGAAGAUGUCUGAUGCCUUUCAGAGUUCUAGCAUUUAUAGACAAUACAUCAAUUCUCAAGUCAUCACACUGGUUUCUGCUGACAACAGCGUGACAGCACAUAUAUGGCUGGUAUUCAAGGCGCCCAAAUCAAUGAAGGAAAACACAAGACGAGGAAUUGAAAGCAUCUUACGUCAAAUGCUGAGGAACCAGUCAGGAUCCUUGACUACAGAUCCUGAUUCGCUUACACUUGAGGAAAUCAGUAAGGUUAAAGCUGAAAAGAUAAUCAACAACCGCUGUGGGAGACGACCAAGGAUGUCUGCUACAUAUGAUAGAAUCAAGGGUGGAUCCACUGCUCAGGAAGGAGAGUGGCCCUGGCAAGCAAGUCUCAAAAAGAAUGGCCGGCACUACUGUGGGGCAUCUUUGAUCAGUGACAGAUACCUGGUGACUGCAGCUCACUGCUUUAAAAAUUCACAAGAUCCAAGGAACUAUACUGUGACCUUUGGCACCAGAGUAAAUCGCCCCUAUAUGCAACACUAUGUUCAGCAAAUUUUUAUUCAUGAAAACUACAUCAGGGGUGAACUUCAUGAUGAUAUUGCAGUUAUAUUGCUUACUGAAAAAGUUUUAUUUAAGAACGAUGUCCAUUCAGUUUGUCUUCCUGAAGCCACACAGAUUUUUCCACCAGGUGAAGGAGUUGUUGUCACAGGAUGGGGAGCACUUUCAUAUGAUGGUGAAUACCCAGUAUUACUUCAGAAAGCACCUGUGAAGAUUAUUGAUACAAACAUUUGUAAUGCUCAGGAAGCAUAUAAUGGGGUGAUACAAGACACAAUGCUAUGUGCUGGGUACAUAGAAGGAACUAUUGAUGCAUGCCAGGGUGACUCUGGAGGACCACUAGUUCAUCCCAACUCUCGAAAUAUUUGGUACCUUGUUGGAAUAGUGAGCUGGGGAGCAGAAUGUGGGACAAUCAAUAAACCAGGAGUCUAUACACGAGUGACUGCCUACCGCAACUGGAUUGCCUCAAAGACUGGUAUCUAA